AUGCCGCUGCAUCUACGAGCCAGCUUGGAACGCACCUGUGUGCUUGCUCUCAGCCUCUGCACUACGACCUCCCUUGUCUCUGGUGCGAGCCUUGCGGCUGCCGUCACCGGCCCGUGCGACCUCUACGCCUCCGGCGGCACGCCCUGUGUCGCCGCGCACAGCACCACUCGCGCACUAUUCGGCGCCUUUUCAGGGUCGCUCUACCAGGUCAGGCGCAACUCGGACAGCGCCACGCUCAACGUCGCACCGCUGUCCGCUGGCGGUGUCGCGAACGCCGCCGCACAGGACUCCUUCUGCGCUAGCACGACCUGCGUCAUCACGACCAUCUUCGACCAGUCCAGCAAUGGCAAUCACCUCACCCAGGCUUCGCCCGGUGCCUUCCCCGGCCCCGAGUCCGGUGGUCUCGACAGCCUGGCUAGCGCCACCGGCGCACCGGUCACGUUAAACGGCCAGAAGGCGUACGGUGUUUUCAUCCCUCCCGGCACGGGCUACCGCAACGACGCUGCCAAAGGCACUGCGACAGGUGAUGCGGCGGAGGGCAUGUACGCCGUUCUCGAUGGGACGCACUUCAACAACGUCUGCUGCUUUGACUACGGCAACGCCGAGGUCAGCGCCACCGACACGGGCAACGGCCACAUGGAGGCCAUCUACUUCGGCGACCGCUCGAACUCAGGCUCCGGCAGUGGGCCUUGGAUCAUGGCCGAUCUCGAAAACGGACUGUACUCCGGCGAGAACCAGGGGUUGAACAGCGCCGACCAAACCAUCUCCUCCCGCUUCGUCACCGCGGUCAUUAAGGGUCAGCCUAAUAACUGGGCGAUCCGCGGAGGCAACGCCGCGUCCGGGUCGCUGACGACGUUCUACAACGGCCCGCGGCCGAACGUUACGGGCUACAACCCGAUGAGCAAGGAGGGCGCCAUCAUCCUCGGCAUUGGUGGUGACAACAGCCACGGCGCGCAGGGCACAUUCUACGAGGGUGUCAUGACCUCCGGGUUCCCAUCCGACGCCACCGAGGACGCGGUGCAGGCCAACAUCGUCGCCGCCGGGUACGCCACCACGGCGUUGACAAGCGGCCCAGCGCUCACCGUCGGCUCCUCUAUCUCGAUUCGGGUCACCACUCCCGGAUUCGACACGCGUUACCUCGCGCACACAGGCGCCACCGUUAACACCCAGGUAGUCACGUCGUCCAGCAGCGCCGCGCUGAAGCAGCAGGCCAGCUGGUCGGUCCGCACCGGCCUCGGCAACAGCGCCUGCUUCUCCUUCGAGUCAGUCGACACCCCCGGGAGCUUCAUUCGGCACUCCGGUUUCCAGCUUAUGCUCAACGCCAACGACGGCUCCAAGCUGUUCUCCGAAGACGCCACUUAUUGUCCGCAUGCCGGCCUCAACGGCCAGGGCAACUCGUUCCAGUCCUGGAGCUACCCCGCUCGCUUUGUGCGCCAUUUCAACGCCAUUGGCUACAUCGCGAGCGAAGGCGGCUUCGAAACGUGGGACGCCACCGCCUCGUACAACGACGACGUGAGCUUCGUUGUCAGUGCUGGCUUCGCAUGAGCUCCGGCCCAAUCCAUGUAUCGAGGCGCUACUUAGCUUGUCGAAACCAUCUACCUCAGUGUAUCUAUUCAUGCGUAGUGUGAUCAUUCAGGAUUUUUCGAGUACACGAUCGCCACGUUUUCUGUUUAAAAUAUAGAGGAAUAUAACUGCUAGC